AUGGCUGGGCCCGCUUACAUACCACGUGGACCACGACCAAGUGUGCUUUCAAUAAAUACAAACAACCGUGGUAUGGUGAAACAGCGCGUCAAUCUCUUUGCACAGCUCGGCACACAGGCCAGUUUCACGGAAAAUCAGGUCAUCAAAACUGCUCACCACCGGCAAGAUGGUGAGCGCGUCUCCUACUCAGGACAGAAGCCAUCGGCUCCGCCUGCAUCACAUGGCCUACAGGUAAAAACGCCAGAUAGUGCUUCGCUGCUCAACAAGCAGAGAGCUGCUGUGCGAGUCAAGAAAUUCGAAGGUAGGAAACAUAGCUGCGAUCUUUACAGUCUGCACAGUAUUCACAAAACGAUUGCUCGUAUUCAUGUGCUUACUCGGAAACUUCAUUACUGA